AUGAUGAUGAUGAUGACGACGAUGAUGAUGGAUGUUGUAAUUAGCAAAUACAUUAUAAUUCCAAGUCUUGUAUUUGGGUGUGUGAUUUUGAUGAGCAGCAUCAUGAAGUUGGUGAACAAGUUUUGGUGGACCCCCAUGAGGAUUCAAAGGAUAAUGAGGUCCCAAGGGAUUAAUGGCCCCUCUUACAAAUUCAUACAAGGCAACAUGAGAGAUAUGUACACCAAAAGAAUGCAAGCCAUGGCUACCCCUAUGGAGCUCUCUCACAAUAUACUCCCUAGGGUUAUACCUCAUGUUCAUUCUUGGCUCAACGAUUACGGGAGGAGCUUCUUGCAGUGGUAUGGGAUGGAGGCACAGUUAAUCAUUACGGACCCAGAAAUGAUCAAAGAAGUGUUGAAUGAUAAACGAAAAAAUUACCCAAAAGCAAAACUUGGAAGCGAUUUAUUUAGAAUUUUUGGAAAUGGACUUGUGACUUCUGAGGGUCAAAGAUGGGCAAAGUCUAGAAAAAUUGCCAAUUUUGCUUUCCAUGGAGACAGCCUCAAAAACAUGAUUCCAACCAUGAUUGAGUGUGGUGAGAAGAUGAUUGAAGGGUGGAAGAAUUAUGAAGGCAAAGAAUUGGAUGUAUUCAAAGAAUUGAAAGUUUACACUUUGGAUGUUAUUUCUCAUACUGCUUUUGGGAGUAGCUACCAGCAAGGAUCGAAUAUUUUUCACAUGUUACAACAGCUUACUGACUUGUCUAUCAGAAAUGGAUACAAAAUUAAGCUCCCUAUAAUCAGUAAGAUAUUGAAAUCGAAAGAUGACAUAGAAGGAGAGCGACUGGAGAAGAGAAUGAACGAAUGUUUCGCUGAAAUAAUAAGAGGAAGAGAAGAGAAAUCAAAGAAGGGAGAAGGGUAUGGGAAUGACUUUCUAGGAAUGUUAGUGAAGGCAAAAAAUGAAGGUGAAAAAUCAGAGAGGAUAACAAUGGAUGUGAUAGUGGCAGAAUGCAAAACAUUUUACUUUGCUGGACAUGAAACAACAAAUGUUUUGAUAACUUGGAUUAUCUUUCUUCUUGCCAUUCAUAAAGAAUGGCAAGAACAAGCAAGAAAUGAGGUGUUUAGGAUUUUUGGACACAACAACAAUCCAACAUAUGAAGCCCUUUCUAAACUAAAAAUAAUGACAAUGAUCAUCAACGAAACUUUGAGGUUGUAUCCCCCUGCAAUGACCGUAUCACGCCAAGUGGUGGAGAAGGAAGUAAAGUUGGGGAGCCUUGUACUUCCAACAUCGCUCCAACUGACAAUCCCAACUAUUGCGGUCCAUCACGACAAAGAAUUUUGGGGAGAAGAUGUACAUGAAUUCAAACCAGAAAGAUUUUCCGAAGGGGUCUCGAAAACGAUCGAAAGAAACUCGGCUGGGUAUCUUCCAUUUGGGUUAGGUCCUCGAAAUUGUGUGGGGAUGAACUUUGCCAUCAAUGAGGCCAAAGUUGCCAUGUCAAUUAUUCUACAAAAGUACUCGUUUACCCUCUCCCCUGCCUACGCUCACACGCCCGUCCAGUUUCUCACUACUUGCCCCCAACAAGGACUUCAAGUCAUUCUUCAUUCCAUAUCAAAUUAGAAUAAAAAGACAAACAAAAACGUAAAUGUGUUUGAUGUAAGAAUAGAUUGUUUUAACUUUAACAGCGAAAAUGUAUUGUAAGUUAUAAUUAAACAUUCAAUAAAUAUGAUACUAAAUUUUGAUCAA